UUGUAUGAACAGCUUGCAUGAACAGCUUGUAUUAACAGCUUGUAUCAACAGCUUGUAUGAACUGCUUAUAUGAACAGCUUGUAUGAUUAACUUGUAUGAUCAGCUUGUAUGAACAGCUUCUAUGAUCAGCUUGUAUCAACAGCUUGUAUCAACAGCUUGUAUCAACAGUUUGUAUGAUUAACUUGUAUGAUCAGCUUCUAUGAACAGCUUGUAUGAACAGCUUGCAUGAACAGCUUGCAUGAUCAGCUUGUAUGAACAGCUUUUAUGAACAGCGUGUAUUGUCAGCUUGUAUCAACAGCUUGUAUGAACAGUUUGUAUGAACAGUUGGUAUGGUCAGCUUGUGUGAACAGCUUGUAUGAACAGCUAGUAUGAACAACUUGUAUGAACAGUUUGUAUGAUCAGUUUGUAUGAACAGAUUGUAUUGUCAGCUUGUAUUAACAGUUUGUAUGAUCAGUUUGUAUGAACAGUUUGUAUGGUCAGCUUGUAUGAACACCUUGUAUGAACAGCUAGUAUGAACAGCUUGUAUGAACAGUUUGUAUGAUCACUUUGUAUGAACAGUUUGUAUGGUCAGCUUGUAUUAACAGCUUGUAUGAACAGCUUGUAUGAAUAGUUUGUAUGAUCAGUUUGUAUGAACAGUUUGUAUGGUCAGGUUGUAUGAACAGCUUGCUUGAACAGUUUGUAUGAACAGUUUGUAUGGUCAGCUUGCAUGAUCAGCUUGAAUGAACAGCUUGUAUGAACAGCUUGUAUGAACAGUUUGUAUUAACAGCUUGUAUGAACAGUUUGUAUGAACAGCUUGUAUGAACAGCUUGUAUGAACUGUUUGUAUGAACAGUUUGUAUGAACUGCUUGUAUGAACAGCUUGUAUGAACAGUUUGCAUGAACUGCUUGUAUGAACAGUUUGUAUGAUUAACUUAUAUGAACAGCUUGUAUGAACAGCUUCUGUGAUCAGCUUGUAUCAAAAGCUUGUAUGAACAGCUUGUAUUAACAGCUUGUAACAACAGCUUGUAUGAACAGCUUUCAUGAACAGCUUGCAUGAUCAGCUUGUAUGAACAGCUUUUAUGAACAGCUUGUAUGGUCAGCUUGUAUCAACAGCUUGUAUGAAUAGUUUGUAUGAACAGCUUGUAUGGUCAGCUUGUAUGAACAGCUUGUAUGAACAGCUUGUAUAAACAGUUUGUAUGAUCAGUUUGUAUGAACAGUUUGUAUGAACAGCUUGUAUGGUCAGCUUGUAUGAAGAGCUUGUACGAACAGCUUGUAUGAACAGCUUGUAUGGUCAGCUUGUAUGAAGAGCUUGUACGAACAGCUUGUAUGAACAGCUUGUAUGGUCAGCUUGUAUGAACAGCUUGUAUGAACAGCUUGUAUAAACAGUUUGUAUGAUCAGUUUGUAUGAACAGUUUGUAUGAACAGCUUGUAUGGUCAGCUUGUAUGAAGAGCUUGUACGAACAGCUUGUAUGAACAGCUUGUAUGGUCAGCUUGUAUGAAGAGCUUGUACGAACAGCUUGUAUGAACAGUUUGUAUGAUCAGCUUGAAGGCCAACGACACGAUGUGUGACAUGAUACGUUCGAAGAUAAGACAAUCGAAGGACCCCAAGAAAGUAGCACCGAAGAAGACGAUAAAGAAGACCCAGAAGAAAAAAACAAGCAAACCAGCAGCAGCAGCAGCAGCCGCUACCACCACCACAGCACCAACCAGCACCAUCACAGCAGCAGCAGCAGCAGACACCGAAACGAAGGGGACAUCCUUUUUAAUACCUGCAACACCUGCAAAAAGACGACCACGGAAGAAAUUGUCUCUGAAGAUCUCUCAUCAAGAACAACUGAUUGACAGGACCCCAGAUAUCAGUUCAACCCAGUCCGUGCUAGAACAGUGGCGGGAACAAACCCCUCGGGAGCCAACCUAUUCAACGAAUGCACCUGUGAUGAUGACGACCGGUGACAGUGAUGAUCAUGAAGCGCUCAAGCUGGCAGCUCUCCCUUCCAUGGAUCUGGACACACUCCCCCUGCUUGAUGCUACUUGGUCACCAGCAUCACCGGAAGAUGUUCAUGUCUUCUCCUCAGGUAUGCCCAUGGUUUGCAACGAUGACAACGUUGACCAGGAUCCUUAUGAAGAAGCUCGACUCACUCCCCUACAACGCGAAUGUAGUGCCUGCCGACACAACAACAUGUUAAGAUACAUAAGCUGCAACAGUGGUCAAGUGAUGUGCCAUGUCUGUUUCAGGGAGGCCCUAGACUGUACUUGUUUUACUGAUGGAUCUGUCACAUGUUCGGGACCUAUUUGGGAAAGUACGAUGGAGGGUCACAUCUUAUGGUGAUCCUCAUCUUCACUCGAAGAGCUUGAAGAUAAUUUGAAUGUAGUGCCUGCCGACACAACAACAACGUGUUAAGAUACAUAAGCUGCAACAGUGGUCAAGUGAUGUGCCAUGUCUGUUUCAGGGAGGCCAUAGACUGUACUUGUUUAACUGAUGGACCUCUCACAUGUUUGGGACCUGUUUGGGACAGUAUGAUGGAGAACCCCAUCUUAUGGUGACCCCAUCUUCACUCGAAGAGCUUGAAGAUAGAAGAGGAAACGUUGUCGCGUUGUUGUUGUAGGGACAUGCAAAGCACUCCCUCCACCAUUGUCUUUUCGUAUUUCCUAUGUAUCUGGUUGCGGUUGUUGUUGUUCAUUAUUAAACAGUGAUUGAUUGAA